AUGGCGGAUAAGACCGUGCUGGAUGCGUUCAAUCGCUUUGACACUGACAGGUCUGGCUCUAUCUCAAGGGAUGAGCUGGGCGAGGUGCUGAAGACACUGGAAAGCUCUCAGUGGGAUGACGCCUCCAUUGACCAAUUGCUGACAGCGGCAGAUGCCAGUGGUGAUGGUCAAUUGCAAAUUGAGGAGUGUGAGCAGCAACCGUUUGAGUUUGUGAAGUGGGUCUUCGCUGAAGAGCAGGCCAUCUCAGCUGGUGCCAAAGGCAAGUUCAGGUUGCGAAUUUCAGGCUGCUCAAGAACAGAGCUCAAUGGUGACUAUGUGCAACAGUCGGAGUUCUACUACCGCAGGCCAAUAUUCCAUUGUAUUGAGAAUGAGCGCUACCUGUUCUACCAUGGCAAGAGGCAGCAGUGGCAGAUCUUUUCCAGAACGGGAACCUAUGCAUCUGCACGCUUGAAAACCUUUCGGGCAGCUCACAUGCCAGGAGAUGGAAUAACGUGGGCUGUUUGGAAGACAAGCAAGACAAGUGGAAAGAAAAACUUUGUCAAAGAGUCGCAAAUGACAUGCUCUGCAGAACCGCCAUUGACACCAGAAGAAGAGCGUGCCAAAGCAGCUCAGGCAAUCCUGAUUGACGGAAAGGACGUCUUCAAAACGAUGAGUUAUGAAUUGGGCAACCGGACUGUGUAUCACCAAAGAUCUGAGCGUUUUCUCUUCUAUGAAGAGCCCAAAGGCAUGUGGAAAAUUGGAGAAUCUUGUGUCUUUGGGAAGCCCUCUUUGUUCACCUCGAGACCUACGGAUGUGUAUUCCCCAGACUUGGCCCUUUGGAUAGAUGAGGCUCAUGGUGGGAAGAUGGCGGUGGUCGGGUUGAACGAUGAUGACGUGCCCAAAGGCUUUAAAUUUGGUUUGAAGGUCAGAGCUGUGGAGGAUGGAUGGAAAGAUCCCGAUUUCCCUCACAACAAUGACUCCAUUGGCGCAGCCGCCAGCAAAUACAAAGGCAAUCGAUGGCUUCGAGCCGUGUCUCUACAUCCUCAUCCUGCUCUCUUUGCAGAUGUAGAGCCUGCAGAUGCGUGCCAAGGCACUGUUGGCAACUGUUGGCUUGUGGCAGCAUUGUCUGCAUUGGCAGAAUUCCCAUCCUACAUCAAGAACAAUCUCUUUGUGACAAAGAAGAUUUCCCAAAGUGGCAAGUACCAAGUGAAGCUUUUUGACGGUCGCAGCAAUCGCUGGGAAAUCAUUGAAAUCGAUGACUACUUGCCAUGUACAGGUUCGGGUGGGGACCAGCCAGACUUGCUGUUUGCCAAUAUUCCUGAUGGCAAGAUGUGCAUUGCGCUCCUUGAAAAGGCCUUUGCCAAAAUGUAUGGUAAUUGGUCUGCUCUGGACGCCGGCUUUCCAGAGAUCGCCUGGUUUCACACGACCAGCUGCAAAGAAGUCUUCUACUACAGCACGACAUACCUUGCAGCAGCUCCGCAGUGGGUGGUGAUUGCGGGCGAAGGGAUUCCAGUGGUCGCGGACUACUGGGAUUACGACAAGUCCCGGCAGCGGUUAGGUCAGCUGGGCGAAGGUGCUCACUUCACCGAAAAGUGGAGGAUUGGCGAAUGGAUUCAGUUUGAAAAGCUCGAUGGUGAUGGGCCGGAUGAAGGAUGGUUGAAAUACUAUAGCAAUGGGAAGCGAGCAGCAAAGCGCACUGCUGCUAACGACAUUUGUAUCAUGCAAUCCAAUGUGGGCAUUGCUCCUGAGGAGGCAAUGAAAGCGUGUGGUGCAUCGGGAAGCGACAAAGAAGUCCUUGAGACUAUCUUCAAAAAGCAUAGCACGGACUUUGUCGAGCCAGAGGAGAUGUGGCAGAAGCUUUUGGAAUACGAUCAAGGCAAUUAUCUCAUGGCAUCUUCGGCUUCCACCUCAGCUUUUGAAACUUCUUCUGGAAUAGUGCAGGGCCAUGCCUACAGCUUUUUGCAUGCACUUGAGAUUGAGGGCAUCAGGCUGGUUUGCUGCAGAAACCCUUGGGGCAACGAAGUUGAAUGGAACGGACCAUGGAGUGAUCGUCACUCUGCCUGGAAAGCGAACCCAGGAAUUGCUGAAGCAUUGAACGUGGAUUUCCAAACGGAGGGCACGUUCUGGAUGGAUUUCGAGGAUUGGCUGCAUGUCAUGGGACAGCUGAAAGUCAUGAAUUGUAAAAUGCCAUCAAAACGUGGGGACUUUCACAAUCAGAUCGUAGAAGAGGACGAGGAGGAGCAGGCAGAGGACGCGCCGGGAGAAGAUGGAGAGGAUCAGGAUGAAGAUGCAGGAAGGCCAGUGACUGGUUGCUCUGGAUUGUUCGUUGAUUGGCACCCUGCGCGUACUAUGGAAGAGGGUAUCGUUUUGUAUCCAGAAAAAGACUAUACUUUCCAGAAGGUACCUGCAGUGCUCUUGGGUGGUACUUACAUUGGCAGUAAUUGCUGGCCAACAGCGGGCACCUGGACCAUCGAAUAUCAAGCUCCAGCCACGCUGUAUGUGUGGGCAGCUCAAGGACAGUUCAAUGGUGGAGUAGAUGAAGCGCUCAGCGCAGACGGGUGGACAGCGGAAGCUGCCGAAGGCUUCUGCGGUGGUGCCCUUUCUUUGAAUCUGUGGAGUAAGCAUUUUGACACAGGAUCCUCCUGCAGCAUUGAGAUCACGGCGGAUACCAUGAUCGGUGGCGUGAUUGGCACAUCUCCCUGUGUGCAGUUUUGA